GACAAGUACAAGCAGAUCUUCCUGGGCGGCGUGGACAAGCGCACCCAGUUCUGGCGGUACUUUGCCGGUAACCUGGCGUCCGGGGGUGCCGCCGGUGCCACCUCCCUCUGCUUCGUCUACCCCCUUGAUUUUGCUCGAACCCGCCUGGCAGCGGAUGUGGGUAAAGCCGGGGCUGACCGGGAGUUCAAGGGGCUCGGUGACUGCCUGAUCAAAAUCUUCCGGUCCGAUGGCCUCCGGGGCCUGUACCAGGGCUUCAACGUCUCUGUCCAGGGCAUCAUCAUCUACAGAGCCGCUUACUUUGGCAUCUACGACACCGCAAAGGGCAUGCUUCCAGACCCAAAGAACACCCACAUUGUUGUCAGCUGGAUGAUCGCUCAGACCGUCACCGCUGUCGCCGGUUUGACCUCCUACCCUUUCGAUACGGUUCGUCGUCGCAUGAUGAUGCAGUCUGGCCGUAAAGGAACUGACAUAAUGUACUCUGGCACUAUUGACUGCUGGCGGAAGAUUGCCCAGGACGAGGGCUCCAAGGCGUUUUUCAAAGGUGCAUGGUCAAAUGUGCUCCGAGGAAUGGGUGGUGCUUUUGUUUUGGUCCUUUAUGAUGAAAUCAAGAAGUACACCUAAGUUGUUUCCUGUUGUAAACUGGCAUGUUGUUUUAUGUAGUCUGUGACUGUUCAUGGACUUGUUUGAAAACCGUCUGGUUACUGAACAGUGACGGUUGAUGUUUAUACAGGUUGCCAUGGGGCAAGGGCAACUGCCUGCCCUGUCUUUAUCAAGUUAUUUCCCCUGACAGGACUUGGCCAUGGUUUCUAUUUCAGUCACUCCUGCUUAAAGAAAUAAAAAUCUGAAACCA